AUGCAACUCUCUACUCUUGUUCUCCUUGUCACUUCCGUGAUCUCUGCACUGGCAGCACCGGCCCCCACACCAACUACUACUACCAGCUUCUUGAGACCACGGGAGGAGCAAGCGACUCCCACCCCCGCUGGAUCAAUCACCUCUACCAACAUCAACUCCAUCUCCACGAAGCUCAUCAUCAUCACCGGAGUGACCGAAUCGUAUGUCACAAUCCCCGAGAAAACUAUCACCCUCGACAUCCCGACUUGCGUACAAACCACCAUCCCGGACAAGAAUGGCCACGUUCCAGCCGGCUCCUGUGGCUCCAUCUGGAACUACUAUCCAAGCUUCGAGGCGGCCACUGUGUUUGCUGUGCUGUUCGCCCUUCUUACUGCUGUGCAUAUCUGGCAGGCGGCAUACUACAAAAAGUCGUUCUGCUGGGUGAUCAUCAUGGCAGGUAUCUGGGAGACUGCGGCUUUCACCUUCAGGUCACUGAGCACCCGCAAUCAGCAAAGCCAGGGAAUAUAUCUUGUCUAUCAGAUCUUCAUUCUGUUGGCACCCUUGUGGGUGAAUGCGUUCGACUACAUGGUAUUGGGCAGGAUGAUCUACUACUACAUCCCGUCCCGGUCCCUCCUCGGGAUGCCUGAACCGAUCAUUGCUGCGCUAUUCGUCCUUUUGGACAUUGUGUCGUUCGUCGUACAGCUUGUGGGCGGUAGUAUGGCCGGCCCCUCGGCCCCUCCCCAAGACCAACUACGAGCUAUUCACGUCUACAUGGGCGGUAUCGGCAUGCAACAAGGGUUCAUUGUUCUCUUUCUUUUUCUAGCAAUCAGGUUCCAUGUCGUCAUGGGCAGAGCCCAGUCGAAGGCGGCGACUCCCAAUGGCUGGAGACCUCUGGUGUUGGUGCUGUAUGCAUCCCUGGCUUUUAUUACGAUUCGUAUUAUCUUUCGCCUCGUCGAAUUUUCUCGGGGAGCCGACGACCUGACAAAUCCUUUGCUCACGCAAGAAGUUUACUUCUACAUACUCGAAGCCGCGCCCAUGUUCCUCGCCCUUCUCUCUCUUGCUGUCGUACAUCCGGGGAGAUUCUUGGUUGGGUCGGAAGCAGACAUGCCCGGUUUGUUCAAAACUAUCAAAGAUAUGCGCAAGACAAGAUCGGAGUGGGCAAAGCUAGGGGAGGGGGACGAGUUAUCGGAGGUUGGUCGUCGCUAG